CGAGGCCCGAAAGCGGGGUCAAGAAGUUUUCCCAACGAUCGUUUCUGCAGUCAACGCUGGCAACUGGUUGCGCGAGCAAUGGAAAAGUCUGCUCUCAAGUUUCCCCAUGAGAUUCGCGAUGUGGAUGAGUCCACAAAUGCGGAGCUGUUAAAAUACUUCCAUGGCGAGCGGACUGGCUUUGUUCAGGUCGGAUCUGAGGGAUAUUUCUUCCCGCACAAGUACAAGGAGGAGGCCGAGAGGUAUUACAACUUUGAGGCUCGACCAGAUGAUGUCUGGAUUGCCACGGUGCCAAGGUCGGGCACCACUUGGACGCAGGAGCUCAUUUGGCUGGUGGCCAAUGGCCUGGACUUUGACCAGGCCCAGCGACGACCGCUCACCGAACGCUUCCCAUUCUUUGAGUUUCCCUUGUUUGUGCAUCCCAAGGUAAAGGAGGAGCUGCAGAACGAAAACCGUGACUCAGCUGAAGCCGUAGAGUUUCUUGAGAAGAUUUCCCGACCGGGCUACGAGACGCUGAGGGAAUUGCCAAGCUCCCAGCGACGCUUUAUCAAAACCCAUUUUCCUUUUUCUCUAAUGCCGCCUAGUGUCUUGGAAAAAAGGUGCAAGGUGAUCUAUGUGGUUCGCGAUCCCAAAGAUGUGGCAGUUUCCUAUUACCAUUUGAACAGGCUCUUCCGGACGCAGGGCUAUGUGGGAGAUUUCGAGCGUUACUGGCGCUACUUUCAAAGAGGAUUAAAUCCGUGGCUGCCCUACUAUAGUCAUGUGAAGGAGGCUCUCGAGCAUGCCAAGCUGCCCAAUGUGCUCUUCCUGCGCUACGAGGACAUGCUGGUAGAUCUGCCCGGCACAGUUCACAGCAUAGCCAACUUCCUGGAGUGCCCGCUGAAGCCCGAGAACCUGGAUAGGCUACUCGAUCAUCUGAGCAUCAAGACUUUCCGCGAGAACAAGUCAGUAAAUAUGCACGAGAUGGCUUCCGUAGGCAUCCUCAACAAAGGAGAGGCAGGAUUCGUGCGUAGUGGAGCCAAAACAGCGUGUCGGCCACAGAAGGAGUUCGUCGACAAUCCUAAGCUUUUGAAGAGCGCGAACGAAUGGGUGGAACAGAACGUAAAAUGCUUCAAGACCAUAUAAAAUACCUUACUUUGAUGGCUA